CCCUCAGAGGGUGCGCCCGGGCCGGCGCGCUUUUCCGCGUUGUGUGCAAGGCGCAGGCCGCGAGCCCUGGGGGCGCUGUACUGCCACCUCCUGGCCCCGUUUCGUUUGUUUCUGUUCCUUCCGGUUUGCCUCCCUUCCCGCCUUGAUGCUGUGACGCGUGUCUGUCUACCUUUGCUGUUUGCUGGGGGAGGCUCUGGCCAUUUGUCCGGAGGGCCGCUGAGUCGAGUGCGACCUUGCCAAGAUUGGAUCACACUAAGUUGCCCAGUCGGCUUGAACUUACCAUCCUCCUACCUUACCUAGAGUUCUUGGAUUACAGGUACUGCUUAAGAUGAAUGUGAUUUGGAGAAGUUAUAUUUGUAGUGUAAGGCUAAGGAAGGUGCCAUACAGAUGUCAAAGUGGUAACCACCCAGUGGCUCCCCUGGGAUCAAGGAUUUUAACUGACCCAGCCAAAGUUUUUGAACACAACAUGUGGGAUCACUUGCAGUGGUCUAAAGAAGAAACAGCAGCUGCCAGAAAAAAAGUAGAGGAAAACUCAGCUGUGCGAGUCAUUCAGGAAGAGCAAGUUAAGUAUGAAAGUGAAGCUAGUAAAUACUGGGACACAUUUUACAAGAUUCAUAAGAAUAAGUUUUUCAAGAAUCGUAAUUGGUUGUUGAGGGAAUUUCCUGAAAUUCUUCCAAUUGAUCCAAAAACUGAAGAGAAGAUGGGAGAACUAUCAUGGCAUCCCGUAGAAACUAAUGCUACAAACUCUUUCUCAAGAAUGCCAGAAGAACAAAACCAUUAUGAGAAAAGUUUUGGUUUAUCAGAUGGUCAAAGCAAAGGAGAGUCUGAAUGUCUCAGCCUAAACUCAAAAGAGCACAGAAAAGGACUCCUAAAGGCCGAACUAUUUCCUGGUAGCAAUGCAACUUUCAGAAUACUAGAGGUUGGCUGUGGCGCUGGCAGUAGUGUUUUUCCAGUUCUGAACACCUUGCAGAGCACUCCAGAAUCCUUUCUCUAUUGUUGUGAUUUUGCCCCUGAAGCUGUGGAGCUUAUAAAGUCGCACUCAUCCUACAGAGCCGCCCAGUGUUCUGCCUUUGUUCACGAUGUGUGUGAUGAUGGUUCACCCUACCCUUUUCCAGAUGGUAGCCUGGAUGUCAUUCUCCUUGUCUUCGUGCUCUCUUCUAUUCAUCCCGACAGGAUGCAAGGUGCUGUCAACCGACUGUCUAAGUUACUGAAGCCCGGGGGAAUGCUGCUUUUUCGGGACCAUGGAAGAUACGAUUUCACUCAGCUUCGUUUUAAAAAAGGAAACUCCAAAAAUUGUUCCAACGUCUAACAAGCCUGUGAAUUGGAGCGGUGCUUACAUCCAACCUGCCCUUCUCCUCUCAGACUUCAAGGAGGCAGCUCAGUAAGUGAGCCGCAGAUCUCUACACUUCACACACAUCUAAAUCGCCUGCAUCCUACCCCAGCCCACCAAAUGGCUAACCUGGCAGCCGCUCGGAAUAUGUACCCGACAGCAUCAUUUUGUGGAUGCCCCAAAAGCACAUAAAAGGCCCCCAACAUCAGAGAACAGUGUGCCUUAGAGCACUCCACUCCCUUCUGAGAGCGUGCUUUUUUCCCUGCCUAAUAAGCCUAUAGAUGCCUCUCACCGGGGCCCUCGGAAAGUCUUUUUUCCAUGACAGAAGUCAGCAAACCAACAACGUAUUCCAACGCAUUGAGGUCCCCAUCUCCUCUGUGCAGGCUCCUCUUCAGACCCCUCCAGAGAUGGGUCUUAUUCCUACCAGCAGUGUAGAAAGUGCAGGUUCCUCUACCCCUUUAUUAACACCUUAUACUUGUGCAGUCAGUCUUUUAAACUAAAGCCACACAGCUGGGAUUUUAAUCUGGAUUUCCCUGAUGCCCGAUAAUGCUGACCAUCUUUUUAUAUGCUUUUUUGCCAUCCGUGUCUGUUCAAAUCUCUUGCCCAGUUUUUAAAUUUGUUUUUUUAUUAUUGAGUUUUCACAGUUUUAAAAAAAAAUGUAUUCUAGGUGCAAAUCCAUUAUCAGAAAUAAGUUUUGCAAAUGCUAUUUGCAGAAGAUACUAUUUUUAAAUAAGAAUGAUAAACUAGUGUUAGUUUCAUUGAUUUUCUGUGGUGAUUUCUGUUUUCUAGUUCACUGAUUUCCACUCUGAUCUUUAUUAUUUCUUUUCUUCAGUGUACUUUGGGUUUCAUUUGUUUCUUAAGAUGAAAAGUAAAGGUGUUAACUUAAAUCUUUUUUCCCUUUUAAUAUCAAAUUAUCUUUUAAGCAUCAUAUGUUUGGAUGUGUAAUAUUUCAUUGAACAAAAUGCUACUAGUUUUUCUUUUUGAUUUCAUGGAUUACUUGUAAUUAUGCUAUUUAAUUUCUAAAUAUUUGAGAAUCUUUUGAUGUUUAUUCUUAUCAUGCUUAGAGAAAAUAAAUCUCGAUUACUAUAUUUAUUGAGAUUUGUUUUAUAGCUUAAAAUAUAGUAUGUCUGAGUAAAUAUUCUGUGUAAAAUUAAAAAGAAUGCUACUCUGCUGAUGUUUGUGUCAAUUGGGUCAAUUUGAUUGAUAGUAUUGUUCAAACCUUCUAUAUUUAUUAUUGAUUUUCUAUCAGUUAUUCAAAGAGGAGUACUAAAAUAUCUGAAUAUUGCUGGUUUAUUUCUUUACAUCUCAUUAUUUUGUUCUUUUGAUGAACUGGUUUCUAAGUCAUUAUGAAAUGACCUUCUCUGUCAUUAGUAUUAUUCUUUGUUCUGACAUCUAGUUUUCCUUACAUUUAUAUAGCCAUUCCAUAAUUCUUUGACUAGUACUAGCAUGUUAUAUAUUUUUGCAUGUAUUUUCUUUUUAUCUACUUUUGUUCAUUACAUGUAUUUGCUUUUCUUUUUGAGACAGGGUUUUACUGUGUAGUUCAGAGUAGCAUUGAACUCCCUAUGUAUCCCAGGCUGGCCUCAAACAUAGGACAAUCCUCUUGCUUCAGUUUCCCGAGUGCUGGGAUUACAGGCGUGUGCCACCAUGCCCAGUCCAUUAUAUGUAAAGUGAAUUUUUUUAGGCAUCUUAAGAUAGGCUCUUGCUUUUUAAUCUAAUCUGAAAAUCUCUGCCUUUUAAUUAGACUAGUUAAUCCAUUUAUAUUUAAUGUGACCAUUGCCGCAGUUUAGAUUUAAUCUGUCAUUUUGCUGAUUUGUUUUCUGACUAAUUCAUAUAUUCUUGAUUCCCUUUUCCUCUUCUUUUGGGUCUUUUUUCAGUUGUAUGAGUACAUUUCAUGAUUCCAUUUAAUGUCCUUUGUUGAAUUAUUGCAUAUAACUCUUAUUACGUAUGGCUUCAGGGUUUAUAGUACAUAUAUUAAAUUUAUUACAAUCUAAUGUGAAGUGAUAUUAUCGCCUCACAUAUACAGUAGUAUAACAAUUUUAUACUGGUAUACUUCCAAUUCUCCUGCCCAAAACUUCAGACAUUUUUCUGAUGUAUUGCUUUUGCACGUUAUCCCCACAAUACAUAGUUAUAAUUUUUGUGUAAACCAUCAGUUCUCUUUUAAAGACAGUUAAGUUACCAGAAAAACAAAUUUUAUAUAUUUUCCUAUGUAGUUGCCUUCUUUGCUGCUCUUUGUUCUUGUAUAUACCUGUAUUCCCAUCAGUGCUACUUAUAUUUUGUCUGAAAAUUUCCCUUUAACAUUUUUAGUAUAGGAAGAUUGCUGGGGAUGAGUUCUUUCUGCUUGGAUAUAUUUGAAAAUGACUGUUUCACCUUAAUCUUUGAAAGGUAUUUUCAGUGGGCAUAAAUUUAUGUAUGAAAGUUUAUUUUUCUUUCAGUAUCCUUUCUGUAGUGUAAAGAGUACAGAUGUUGCUGUACUAUCUUUUCAGUUAUAUUAUUUCCUAUGAGAAAUAUUCUGUUAUCCUUAUGAUUGGUCUGCAUAUAAUGUGCAUUUUUUCAUUGUCUGAUUUUAAUAUUUGCUUUUUGCCAUUGAUUUUGAGUAAUUUAAUACUGAUGCCUUAGUAGCUUUUCGUGGAUAUUAUGCUUAGGAUUCAUUGAACUUCUUUGAUUUAUGCAUUUAUAGUUUUCAUCAAAAUUGAAAAAAUUUUAGCCAUCAUUUAUUCAAAUAGUUUUCUGUCCCUGCCACAUUUUGAGGAUACAAAUUACAUGUACAUAGAUAUAUUAGGCUGUUUGAAGUUGUCCCAUAACUCACUGAUGUUCUUUUAAUUCUUGUUUUAUAAUCUUUUUCUUUUUAUAUUUGGUUCUAUUUUAUUGUUAUGUCUUUAGGUUAGCUGAUCAUCUUCCAUUAAUGCCAUCAGUAUAAUUUUCAUCUCAGAUAUUGGAGUUUUUAGCUCUAGAAAUUUGAUUUUUUAAUAUACUUUUUGUAUCUGCUUUACAUUUUGAACAUUUGGAAUACAAUAAUAAAUAUUGUUAUCUGUGUUA